AGUCUUCACACAACACAUGCCAAGGGACUACCGACAGAGUCAAAUUGCAUUUCUUCCCACGAGAUUGCGCUUGUGAAGAAGCCUUUUUGAAUGAAAUGCUAGAGCAUUAUCGGAAUUCGGACCAGACGCAGCUCCCCACUCACGAUUCCGUUACGUUGGUGUCAUCCGGACCGAAAUCUUCCUCCUCUUCUGUCUCGGAGUGUUCGGACGUAGAUAGUGUAGAUAGUGAAUUCGAGACCACCUCGCCGUUGAGCAGUCCAGAGUCGGAAAACAACGUCACCAAUUGUCUCAACCAUCGUAGUGCUUUGAAGCAGACUAUCUCCAAACGCAGAAUUCGAUCCCGAUGGAAUUGUGGCCCUCAUGGAUACCGUGCGUUGUCAAUGGACGGAGGCGGAGUUCGUGGUCUAAUCCUUGUACAAACUCUACGCACUUUGGAACGCGCCACUGGCAAACGGAUCGUUGAAUUGUUCGACUGGGUCGUAGGUACAUCCACUGGCGGCAUUCUCUCUUUGCUUUUGCUGCGAGGGAAGUGUUUGCGAUGCUGUCGUAGGAUGCUUUUUGGAUUCAAAGAUUCCGUAUUCUGUGGCAAGCGGCCAUAUCCUGCCGAAGGGUUGGAGAAGGUGAUACGCCGUGAGCUGGGAGAGCACACAAAAAUGACCGAUUUAAAGAGAAUCAGGGUAGCCAUCACUACAUUGGUGAGCGAUCGUUGCCCUCCGCUCUUUCAUAUGUUCCGCAAUUAUCAGUCUCCACGAGUACGUCUCAAACGACUGUUACAGCAGAAGCAGAGGGCAUCGGCAACUGCAGUGCCAAGCAAGAAGAAGCGUCCGACGAACAACAGCACCUCGACUGCCAAGUGCGCAGGUAGUGAGACAAAGAGUGUCGCCGGUUCUUCCUCCGUGCUCAACGCACUUAUGAGCGCCUCCGGAUUUCUCAUCGGUGGUGAUUCUAGCAACCCGGUUGCCCCCGUAGAGAACGAAGGCGGCUACAAGUUCGACCCACUGAUUCCUGACUCAGAGCAGCUCGUUUGGAUGGCUGCUCGCGCCACCGGUGCUGCACCCACCUACUUCCGGCCAUGUGGUCGUUUCCUAGACGGUGGUCUCAUAUCGAACAACCCGACGCUGGACCUUCUCACGGAAUUGCAAGAAAUGCACAUGGCUCAACAACUGCAAAACAAACCGGUUACUCCGCUCGCCGUGGUCGUCUCCCUUGGCACUGGCCGCAUGCCAGUUGAGCCCAUCGAGACGGUCGAUGUGUUUCGACCACAGUCGUUGAUGGAUACAUUCCGCUCCGCCAUGGGUUUCAGUUCAUUGGGCCGAAUUAUCGUCGAAGUGGCCACCAUGUCCGAGGGUCCGGUGGUCGAUCGAGCAAGCGCAUGGUGCUCGUCCCUUGGAGUUCCCUUCUUCCGUUUCAGUCCCCGUUUAUCUCUCCAUGUCACAUUGGACACGAUCGACACCAAAAUGCUACUGCAGAUGGUUUGGGAGACUGAAGCAUACCUCUACAAGACACGAGAGCGCAUCAAGGAACUUGCGUCCAUACUAUGACAAGACAAUGUGGAGGCUGCGCUGCGCUAUCGGCCAGUCACCCAUACUCCCUUCGCCACCAACUACGGUCUAAUGAGACCAUUUCCUUUUUUUUGUUACAUCAGUCUUUCAGAUGAACCGAUUUCUUAUACUCUUAUUUUUGUCAAAGCACUGGAUCCCUGUACCCUCCGUCCACGUAGCGUCAUCAGCUUCUUUCACAUCCGUCUUGCACCCGCAAAACUAUCCGGUCUUUGCAUUAUUAGAUUUUUUAAAUACUUUUAAUUACUGUUUUAUCUUUACCGCCGCUCUCUCUAUCAAACACGAAUACGAUGCCGCGUAUGUGCUUCGGAUUGAGUGCGCAGAUCCAAGCACCGUUUCGCGUUUGUUUUGAUACAGUGCUCGCUUUCUAUUUGGUUUUGCGGAGAUGAGAACUUUCUAUGUGCCCCAGAGUAGGUGCUCUAUUCUAAAUCUGCAUCGCUUAUAUAUUACCGAGCUAUUUUUUCUUACGACUGUUUUCAUCACUACUGAUAGCGUCUUUUUGCACCAUCUCACACCCCGGCAUAUUCGUACCAAUGAACCAAAUGAGAACAAAUACCACCGCUCCACAGCACUUCAACCGAUACGGAUUGGGAAACCAAAUCUAUGCUUAGAAACUCGUGCGGACCAGGAUUGUGGAAACUGACCCUUCACCCUUAUAUUCCGUUAUGUUCUCGUUUUUUAUCGGGCCUUUUUUGUGUAAACCCCUUAUCUUCGCUCAUUUAUAUUUGAAAUCUUUUAGGCAUUGUUAUGCGGCAACUGGGUUCACCUUACCUACCUCGGUGCACACAUCGUAGUUGACUCUUUAAACUCGGUUAGUCGCGCAAGUUCCGCUUUCAUAGCGACAAAAUCCUUGAUUUAACUACUGUACAUAUGUGAACCUUGAUGAGCUCUGAUUUUCUUUGGUAAACUCCGGAGCGAAUCCGAUGAUUGCAAGUGUUUUGGACUGAAUCGAAGUGUGCGUGCCAUGAAAUCAACUGCACUGCGUGACUGGAUGGCUUCCAUCCACAUGCCUUCUGGAAAUAUUCCCUCGUAUCUGUAUAUACGGUGUGUGGAUGGUGCAUUGCAGAUGACCCAUAGUCCGACCGUGGAUUCAAGUGUUUUUUGAUCAUUCUCAGUCACACAUGGAUUUGGGAAGGAAUGCUGCCAGCCGGUUCUACAAUGAGUAGCAUACAUUUGGCACAAUGCACGCGCGAAUAAGUGGUUGCAAUGACAAUAGAUUGAGAAAGUCCGAUAAUGGAUGCUACCCUAGCGACGGCCUAACCCGGACGGGGCCUUUCACUGGAACAUGAAUCAUACUUUAUCCGCUGCGGAUUCAUCA